UCUGCCAGCCCGGCUCCUACCAAUCGCAAAUCACUUCCUAACCUCCGCCUUUUUAACAUAUUUGAUCACUUUGAUUCUCUACUCCUUUUUCCUAUUAUUUUUCAGCGCACGGAGGAGGUUUGUAGGUUGUGAUCUUUGUUUUUUUUGUUUUUUGUUUUAGUGCUUUCGCUUUUCUGGAGGAGAGUUGUCUUCAUAUUCCAAAGCUCUCAAAACAUUGGCUUCAGCUGCGCGCUUGCUGGCGCUACCUCACAAGAAUUAAAGGAAGAAGACGCUAUUUUUUUUACCCAGUUGGUGAUUUUCUUCAAGACUUGUGCUGGAACUUAAUAGUAGCUGCUACAGUGUGCUGACCAAUUGUUUUAUGCUGCUUGCAGGCACGGUCUCACCAACCUGCUCCAUCAUUUACUGACUAGUCCAUGCUACCUCGGCUGAUUAUUUGAAUAUUUAGCCCACCUUCCCCAUUGAUGGGUGUACUGGAUGGCUGACUGUAAGCGCCCCUGGACUUGGCCUUUAAGCGCAAGGCAGCGACUCAGCUCGCCAUCGCAUCAGUUUUGAAAACGUGCUUCGCAACGUCUCCAACAGCAAUAAAUCGACAGUUUUCGGGAGAUCCAGAGUGGAUUCAACGUAGGCUAGAUUUGACAUUGUGUGUGUCCGGCUGUUAAUCACAGUUUACCGCGUUUCCUUGAGACGUUAUUCACCGCGACACCAAAACGGCAGACAAAAAGUUUCUUUACGUUGACUGAUAGAUAUGGCAAUGGUAGUGUGGAGAGGCUCCCAGGACGAUGUGGCUGACACCCAAGGCGCCCUUUCCUCGCAAACCCAAGGAGGACUAUCUCUUCCCACCCCUCAACCAGGCCAGUUGAAUCUGACAGCCUCUCAGGUCGCCCCUCCGACCCCUCAGACUCCGGUCCAAGGACCCCCGAACAACACACAGUCCACGCCGACGAACCAGACGACGCAGCAGUCAGAGAAACAGCCACAGCACAUUGAAUGCGUGGUGUGCGGGGAUAAAUCCAGUGGCAAACACUAUGGCCAGUUUACUUGCGAGGGGUGCAAAAGCUUCUUCAAACGGAGCGUACGGCGGAACCUCACUUACACAUGCCGUGCCAACAGGAAUUGUCCAAUCGACCAACACCACCGCAAUCAGUGUCAGUACUGCCGCCUCAAAAAAUGCCUCAAAGUCGGCAUGAGACGGGAAGUUUCUCUUUUUACUGCAGCCGUGCAAAGGGGACGGGUGCCACCCACACAGCCACACCAUGGUCAGUUCGCCUUGACAAAUGGAGACCCACUCCACUGCCAUUCCUACUUAUCCGGAUAUAUCUCUCUCCUGUUGAGAGCGGAGCCCUACCCGACGUCCCGGUAUGGCAGUCAAUGCAUGCAACCCAACAACAUCAUGGGCAUCGAGAACAUUUGUGAACUAGCAGCCAGGAUGCUCUUCAGUGCCGUGGAGUGGGCCAGGAAUAUUCCCUUCUUUCCAGACCUUCAGAUCACCGACCAGGUGGCUCUGCUGAGGUUGACGUGGAGUGAGUUAUUUGUGCUCAACGCCGCGCAGUGCUCCAUGCCCCUGCAUGUGGCUCCUCUCCUGGCGGCGGCUGGCCUUCACGCCUCCCCCAUGUCUGCGGACAGAGUGGUGGCCUUUAUGGACCACAUUAGGAUCUUCCAAGAACAAGUGGAAAAGCUCAAAGCUUUGCACGUUGACUCUGCUGAAUAUAGCUGCUUAAAGGCAAUUGUGCUCUUCACCACAGAUGCUUGUGGCCUCUCAGAUGUGGCCCAUGUGGAAAGUUUGCAGGAGAAGUCCCAGUGCGCCCUGGAGGAAUAUGUCCGGAGCCAGUAUCCCAACCAGCCAACACGGUUUGGGAAGUUGUUACUCCGCUUGCCUUCCCUCCGCACAGUCUCUUCCUCGGUCAUAGAACAGUUAUUUUUCGUCCGAUUGGUAGGUAAAACCCCAAUUGAAACUCUCAUCAGGGAUAUGUUGCUUUCGGGGAGCAGUUUUAACUGGCCUUACAUGUCAAUUCAGUAAACCAAGAAGGAGACGAACAAACAAAAGGUGGGGUUGAGGGGUUGGGGGAGGCUGCGAGACUACAAUGAUUAUAGCUGCUUUUGUGGAAGGAAUAAAAAACCAACCGGCUGUUACACGGGGCUGGCUUUCAUGAAGAAAGACAUUGACGUAAAUGACUGUGAAUUCCCCCCUACUCCGAAAAAAAAAAAAUUGAGACAUCCACUGAACUUUCAAAAUGGCAGAUACAAGCUCCCAGUGUUCAUGCAGAACAACCUGCUUCGAUCCAUUUUUUUUAAUGAAAGAAGAAAAUGAGAAAAAAAAGGAAAAGGGAUUUUGUUGAUCCUCAUACGGAAAUUUUAAGUAUUAAGUGCAUUUAAAAUGAUAAUUUGGGUAAAAAGAAAAAAAACUGGAGAAAGGGAAAAUACGAAACGUGAAUUUUCUUUUCUCAGAUGACUUGUCCUGUGUCCAUGUAUAGCUGUGUUUUUGUACUUUCUUUGUUCCUCCUUUCUGGUUCCAAACCGGUGAUUUCUGUAGUACAGUUGGUGUUAUUUUUUAAGACAAUGAUUUAUUUUAAGAAGGUGAAAUAAUGUACAAAAAAAGUUCUAAAAAGAAUUAAAACCACAGCAAUAGGAGUAUAGGCUUAUAAUCUAGGCUUAAUGCUGCAAGCGCACUUAUAUU